CAAAAGAUAGAAAAACCCUUUGAGAAGAAAAUCAUGCAGACUAAGGGUAAAAACAGAAUAAAUGGAAAGCUUGGAAAGCUGUUUACCAGCAACACGAACAGCAUGAGUCAUCCAGACCUGUCCAGCUUGCGUAAGCCAAUUGAUACAAGCGUAUCCGACUUAUACCAGGUCAGCAAACUUCUUGAGGAUGGCACUGACGAGGUUAAAGCUAUAUUAUCAUACGAAUGCAGCAUUAUAUAUGAAUGCUGCGUCUGUCGCAGCUUGUUCAGAAGCAUCGUAAAUCUAAUAUCUCACAAAAGAGAAUAUUGUAAGGAAAAGUUUGAUAUCACGCUUCGUAAACGUGUAUUGAAUAGUUGUAAUGUGCAUUCCACCAGAAAAUCGAUAAUGCACAUGUUCAAAGCACAGCAAACAAGUAAUAAAGAAGGUGUUAAGAACGAUAGGAUACUCAGAAGUCAAGUAUCUAAAGGAUCAAGUAAAAGAGAUCUCAGUGCAAUAAUAGAUGUAAUAAACAAAAAACAAGAAGAAUAUAUUGAGAAGCAAAUAAAAAAUGAAAACGCGAUCUCUCAAUCUCCAGAUGAUCACGUCCAUUUGGAGACUACAGAUACAAAUUGUUCUGCGAUAUAUCAAACUGUUAAAUCAUCCAACGCAGUGGUCGAUGCUAUAGAUUUAAUGAAAAAACAAAUAACAGAAUUGAAGAAUAUGACGGACGAGAAUACCUUCGCAUUAGAUGGGCAAAUGUCCGAAAAUCAGUUAUCUGAAAAAAGUGAUAGUCCUAUUCAAGCGAAUAUGAGCGAUGAGGAUGAAGAGAAUGAAUUAUUGAUAUAUAGAUUACCAAAGAAUAAUUUAUUCUGCUUUUUCUGUAAUGCAAAAUUCUCAACAAAGAAGACGUUAACUGUUCAUAUAAAAACGCAGCAUACGUUCAAACGUUUAUGCUAUCCUUGUCCCUGCUGCACAAAUACAUUUGCAAAUACGUGGAGUGUCUAUCGGCAUUUAUAUAAAGUUCACAAGAUGACCAAUAAACAAGUAUGUAAGUUAAAACUGCAAAUUAAACAAAAAGCAUUUCAUAGAAAGUCAACGGUGAUGAGACAUAUAAAAAAAGUUCAUGCAGAUAAAGUAUCUGCUCUGAAAAAUGCCAAGAAAAAUAGUAAUAAAACACGGGAACCGAUAAGUCAUACAGAAUCUAAUACAAAGCUCUGCGAUAAACGCAAGAGGAAAUUGAACAUGAAGACAUCUUGUAUACAAUAUUAUCAAACACCGAUUGCUGCACGCGAUGAAAUAAUUAAGAGUCAACAAUGUAAUGAAUUUUUAGCCUCGAUAUCCAAUAACAUGAAAUGUGAAGUGGAUGUCGAUUUAGCAACUGAUACAAUUAUAAAGCCAUCCAAUAAUACAAAUAUAUCGAAUGAAAAUUCCGAAUAUGUAACAUCAUCUUCUGAGAUUAGUAAUCACGAGUUGCCCAUUCAAGCGCAUUUUAAAAUUAAUAAGGAAGAUUGGGAUCUACCAGAGAAUGAAGAUAAUUAUCUUUCUGAACAUAAUUCAUCAGUAGAUAGCAAUAAUGAUUCUGAUGUUACGUUGCUACGAAAUAUUGAUAAUAUUGACUCAUUGUCUUCCACUGAGAGCCAAGAUAGUUUUGCAUCUGAUGAAAAUUCAAAAUCAUCUAAAGUUGUAUGCGCAGAUGUAAACGAAGUUAAUCCUGCCAUUUCAGAGGUGAAUAAAAAGGAAGAAGCGUCGAGUCAACUUAAUGAGAAACAAGAGACUGAUUCAAAAGAGGGAGAGAAUAUUGAAGUAAAGGAAAAUAAUUUCAAUAUGCAGUCUUCGUCUUUACUGCCAAACGAAAAGAAUUGGGUUUUACUAAUGGAAAGUAAAUUAGCUUCUAUCGCAAACUUUGAGAAGCGGCGGUGCCUUUUGUGCAAACGAAAAUUUACAUCCAUAGCCAAUGUACGCAGGCACGUGGCGGUGCAUCUCGGUUGGAAUCGUUAUCGCUGCAAGUUGUGUGAUUUUAAGUGUUUCAUCAAAUGUGAGUGUAUUACACAUUGUAUUAAAAUGCAUAAUAUACAAAAUCGCACAGCUGCAGCAGAAAUGAUAUUCGAAAUACCGCAAAACGAAUAUAUGUGUAACGAUGGUAAGGAUGUCAUCACAGAAGCGACUGAUCUCGAUAUUACGAAUGCAACUGUAUCGCCGUGUCAGUUAGAGAUGUGUGUAGACUUGAAUAGUUCUAAUAAUUUGGAUAUACAUGCUACUUUGCAAAAUGAAGCUACUGCCCCGAAUGAGCAAGUCGCGGAAUCAUUCGAAAGUGCUGAAUAUCAAAGUGUUGAUGUGGACGAGAAUGAUAAAAUCGUGACAAUGCCAGAUUUGCCAGAAUGUAUGUUGAAUAGUAAAAAAUUAGAUGACGAUCUUGAACUUAAACGAAUGGUAAUGGAAGUGAUAUUUGGUUCUAAUGAUGUAAACGCGACCGAACAGGUAGACUCCGAGUCCACAUUAGAGACUAAUGAUUAUGCGAGUGAACAUAUAGAUGCGAACGCUAAUGUAAAUAAUGUUACGACUAUUAACGAAUCCAAAGAAGCGUCUUGUUUAAUAUUAGAGAACGUCAAACAACGUCCCACGCGUAACCGAAUAAAACCUUUAAACAAAGACUUUGUAUACGAUUUAAAGGAAGUAGUGCAUCGAAAAGAAACUGCCCUUAUCAAUAAUUCUGAAAUUUUGCAUAUACGAAAGAAAGUUAAAUUGUAAAAUUAAUAAUAAUGAGUUGUACGAUUAAUAAUCGAUAAUAUCAAUGCAUUGAUAAUACUGAUUGUGAUUAUCAUUUAAUAAUGUAUUUUUAUAAAUUUUUUAAAUAAAUGCGUGCGAUCAUGCGCGUACAAAUACA